GUUGUAUAUUAUUGUAUAAACUGAAAAUAUGGCUACAUGCGUAAUAUUUUAUGUUUGGACUGUAUAUUUUUGAAAAUUUCCCGUUCUUCGAUUGAUUUACAUUGGAGAUUUUUUGCAGGUUGUUAGACAGAGACGAUCAAAGAGUUUCUUCAUUUCUGAUUGCAGGAAAAUGAGCUCAUGCAAGCCAGCAAUGGCCACUACUUCUCGUACAACGUUUGGUAGAUCUAUGAAUUCGGCUUCAACUUCAUCUUCAUCUUCGUCGUGUGUGUCCACUGACUCUGUCUACAGCGCGCGAAAUCUCGCUGCUGAUAGAGUUAGUCGCCGGAAGAGAGAUAUUCUUUCGACUCCGAUUGCACCGCCUCACCUGCGCCGCCGAGCGGAAGCUGUCCUGAGAGUCUUGUCUCAUGGCUCGAUUUCUGAAGUUAGGAUACGGGAGCAGAUAGGCAAUAGCCCUGACACCAGCAAAGCCUUAAGAAUGUUGCUGAAGCAAGGAAAGGUGAAGAGAUCAGGAGCAGGAGGUCCUUCAGAUCCCUAUAUUUACAUAAUUAAUUCAGCAAAUAACAAGCAGACAGCUCUGACACAGGUGUAAUCAAGCUACACUUACUCAUCUUAUAGACAAUUUUUUAUACAACACCACCAGAAUGAUUAUAUUAAUGAGACGGAGUUUAGCUCUCACCUUUCUAACCAGGUAUGCUCAUUGUUAGCCAAAAUGUAGAGUUGUUUUGUAUCUCUUGCACUGGUAGUAGCUUCAUAGAAAUGACUCUUUGGCAUUUUCGAAAACAUGUUAUUAUCUAUAUCAUACAGGCUAAUGAAUUGAUGUUUUUUGUGUGGAUUUUUUUCUUUACAUCCGGAGUACAUGUCAAAAUCAUUUGUUAUGUAGGACUAUUUGGCCAUCAAAAUAUUGGCGUCCCAGAAUAUCUGUAUAUGAGCAAGAAACCGCAGUCCUCGUUCUCUUUUAUUUUGUAUUUUGA